GCCACACAAAGCUUCCUUUUCAUAAAUUCCAUAUCACUGUUCAAUGGAGAUUAAUUCCUAUGCUUUUAACUUCGUUUCGUUGCUUCUCUUCUUCUCCUCCCUUUUUGUUCUAGUUAGACAAUGGAGAAACAGAGAACAACUAAGGUUGCCUCCAGGUCCAUGGAGACUUCCCAUUAUUGGAAGUUUGCAUCACUUGACCGGCACACUUCCACAUCACACUUUUAGACGUUUAGCGCAAAGGUAUGGGCCUCUUAUGUAUUUGCAACUCGGGGAAAUUCCUACAUCGGUCGUAUCAUCACCUAGUAUGGCGAAAGAAGUCCUAAAAACUCACGAUCUCGCCUUUGCUACUAGGCCAGAAUUAACAUCCACAAAAAUCUUAUUUUACAACUAUAAAGACAUUGGCUUUUCCCCAUAUGGUGACUACUGGAGACAAAUGCGUAAAAUUUGUGUUAUUGAACUUCUUAGUGCAAAGAUGGUCAAGUCAUUUAGUGCCAUUCGAGAAGAUGAGCUUUCAAGUCUCAUUUCUUCAAUUCGUUCCAUGAGGGGUUCUACAGUAAACAUGACAAAAAAGAUUUUUCUGUUUACCAACUCGGUCACUUGUAGAUCAGCCUUCGGGAAAAUAUGCAAAGAUCGAGACGAGUUCAUAACAAUUCUGAAGGAAGUACUCUUAUUAGGAUCAGGAUUUUUUGUGGCUGAUUUGUUCCCUUCAUGGAAGUUACUUCACAACAUAAGAGGUGAGACAUCUAGAAUGGUGAACGCGCAUAAGAAGGUUGAUGCGGUUAUGGAGGACAUUGUCAAUGAGCAUAUUGAAAAUAAAGCAGCAGGAAAAAAGGGAAAUGGUGAAUUUGGAGACGAAGAUUUAGUUGAUGUUUUCCUAAGGGUCAAGGAGAAUGCCGAACUUCAAUUUCCAAUCACAAAUGACCAAAUUAAAGCUGUGAUUUUUGACAUCUUUAUGGCUGGAUCUGAAUCUUCGUCUACAGUUGUUAUUUGGACAUUGGCAGAAAUGAUAAAGAACCCAUAUGUUAUGGCCAAGGCUCAAAGGGAAGUGAGACAAGUCUUUAAGGGAAAACAAAUAUAUGGUGAAGAAGAUCUCGAAAAGUUGACAUACCUAACGUUAGUGAUUAAGGAAUCACUAAGGCUACAUCCGCCGGUUCCUCUAAUCGCGCCUAGGGAAUGUAGAGAGGAAACAAAUAUUAAAGGAUAUACCAUACCUCUAAAGACUAGAGUACUAGUUAAUGCAUGGGCAGUUGCAAGAGAUCCGGAAAGUUGGGAUGAUCCUGAAAGUUUUAUACCAGAGAGAUUUGAAAACUCUUCUAUUGAUUUUAGAGGAAAUCACUUUGAGUUUAUUCCAUUUGGUGCAGGAAGAAGGAUGUGUCCAGGAAUGUUAUUUGGUUUAGCUAAUGUUACAUAUCCUCUGGCUCAAUUACUCUACCACUUUGACUGGGAACCCCCAAAUGGAACUAAUCCCAAAGACUUGGAUAUGACUGAAACACAUGGAUUAACUGCAGGGAAAAAGAAAGAUCUAUAUUUAAUUGGCACAGAGCAUAGAGACAACUAAGAAUUUUGAUGUUUUGCUCGAAUGAUGAACGUCAAUGCAGCCUAUGUAGUUUUCCAUCUCCUUAUCUCUUGGUUUAAGUAUGUGUACGACCCCUGUUACAAGUAAACUGAUGUUCUGUUUUUCCUUUGUUAGGACAUACUAGUAUUCAUACCCGCGCGAUGCGGGAAGGAUAUCAAUAGACCAAUCUUAAAUAGUUGUGAUUUUGCUUGCUUAAUCACUGUAGAAAAAUAUAAACCCCCCCCCCCCCCCCCCACCACCACCAAAAAUAAAUAAAUCAGAAUGUAUCAUUUUUAUUUCUAUUUUUUGUAGCUUUAUAUUUUAUUACCUCAGUUAUGUGAUCUUAUCAAUAAAUAG